AUGUCCCGCCCAACAUCCGUCCCUUUCUCCACAACGGGUCAAAUCCCCAUCUUGACUCCACCAAGCUCCUCCGGGUCGAAUCAAGCAUUUACCCACCUGACAUCACCGACCAAUAAAUUCGUCCACCCGGCUCGCCGUCGUGGGUCUGCAGACUCAUACCUCUCCGAAGAUGACCACCACCUUAAUUCGGCACGGUCUCCAUCGUAUUCUUAUUCUUUAACCUCCAAUCGCUCCAGUCGACGUUCUCAAAGUCCAUCGUUGGGAUCCUCACCCGGUGCAUGUCUAAUAAUCCGUAGCAGUAGCACCAACCAAUCUCCACACUCCGGUAGUCCAAAACAAUCUCCACUCCCAGUUCCAGCUAUAGACACCGGCCAUGGACGUCAAGAUUCCGUUUCCUCUGCCGGUGAUCUUGAAUUCGACGUAGAACCAUUAUCACCUUUUAGCUAUGCACCACGAUUCCCAUCCGGUCCUCCCAGUCGCAAAAACUCAAGAGAUGCGUAUGCCCACAUCUCACCACCAUCACUCAACGCCGUCUCCCAAAAGCUAGAGAAACACUACCAAGCACCAUCUCUCCCACCUCAAAAGGAAGAUGAAGAAGAACAUACCAUCCAACUGCACAUGAUGCCAAAAUCAAUGCUUCUCCCCCUCCCGGAUCGCAACGCGGAGAUGAAGCAUUUACUUACACAUAAUUCACAGUUGGCGGGACAGAUCCGUAGACGGUUGGGAGAGGAAAGAUAUUCUCAGGCGGUUGACCUUUGGACCAGGACGAGAAGGAGCGAGGUUAGUGACCAUGAAUGGUUGAGAAGGAGUAAAUGGUUUUUGCAAAUGGAUGAGAGGUUAUGGAAUGAAUGGACUAUGAUGGUUGGAUGGGACCAUAGCGUUGAUUUGACGAAGGACGAAAAGGGAGAGAAGAGGGGUGUUGAUGAGUAUGCGGAUAAGAUGGGUCAUAUGACGUGUUUGGAAGAGGAGGAGGAGUAG